CCACCGCGCACAGAGAUGACGUUAGCGCGGGCGCGCUUUACGUCACCUCCGGAAGGGUUGAAUCCCACCAGAUUUCGAAUAGGUGACCAAGAGUUUGAUUCAUUGCCAUCUUUACUGGAAUUCUACAAAAUACACUAUUUGGACACUACAACUUUGAUAGAACCUGUUUCCAAAUCCAAGCAGAAUAGUGGGGUUAUCCUGAGACAGGAAGAAGCUGAAUAUGUGCGAGCACUCUUUGACUUUAAUGGAAAUGAUGAGGAAGAUCUUCCAUUUAAGAAAGGAGACAUACUGAAAAUCCGGGAUAAGCCUGAAGAACAAUGGUGGAAUGCAGAAGACAGCGAAGGAAAGAGAGGAAUGAUACCUGUUCCUUACGUCGAGAAGUAUAGACCUUCCUCUGCUUCAGUAUCUACUCUGAUUGGAGGUAACCAGGAUAGUUCCCACCCACAACCACUGGGUGGGCCGGAGCCAGGGCCCUAUGCCCAGCCCAGCAUCAACACUCCGCUCCCUAACCUUCAGAAUGGCCCUAUUUAUGCUCGGGUUAUCCAGAAGCGAGUCCCUAAUGCCUACGACAAGACAGCCUUGGCUUUGGAGGUCGGUGAGCUGGUGAAGGUCACAAAGAUUAAUGUGAGUGGUCAAUGGGAAGGAGAGUGUAAUGGUAAACGUGGUCACUUCCCAUUCACACAUGUCCGCCUGCUGGAUCAACAGAAUCCUGAUGAGGACUUCAGCUGAGUGUGACUCAACAGUUUUGCUUCCAGAUGGGAACAAUCUCGCUUUGUUUCACUGCAGCUGCCAUUUUAGACUGUGUACCUACGGAUGUUCAAAGCAGGAUUGCUUAUAUAAGCAUUCAGAUACCUGCAAAUCCCUGGGACUGAACACCAUCAUUCCUUAAUUAAAGGUCAUGUUAUUCGGGGUACGAAAGUAGAUAACUUGUUUGUCAAGUGGCAGUACUACUAUAUGAUUACAGGUUGUAAUGCCUGCUUGUGUCCAUACAGAGGGAAGACUGUACCUUGGCUCCAGCAACAAGUGGAGAAAGCAACAGCGCAGCUAUGGGAUAAUAGCAUUUGUAGCUUUUUCCAGUCUUGUUGCCUCUUUCACUGACAAAGCAAGUCAACCUUAAACAAACAAAAACAAACAACAAAGCAACCCAUAGGUAGGAAUUUCACGUUCAGUUUCUCCUGGAGCUUUUUCCACUUUCUCGUUCAAACAUUUCUGCCCUAAUAAGUUGGUAUACUGUUUUGCACGGUGAAUAACCGAUGCACAGAGCAAAUAUAUUUUUAAAUGUAGAACACACAUUGGGAUAGCUUUGCUUUACAGUUAAUUACUGUUUUAACGUUGAAGGACAGAGCGAGUCCACUUGCUGAUCUUUUAAAAGAGUUUGAGGACACUAGAGAUUUAUUUCUUCAGUACUGUUGAUGCUUCAGAUUCUGCUAGUAGCUGAUUUAACUUCAAAUUAAGACAUUAAUGCAAGACAAUAUUUUUACCCACAACUAUAAACUUAAGGAAGUAUAGACCACAUCAGUGCUGAGAAAUGUGCAUAGCACUUUAAUAUAUAGCUUUAAGGCAGUAUUUCAUUCAUUAAGUCUACUAACAUUCAGCACUGAUGUCAAAAUGACAUAACAAACUAGCCAGAUGUAGUAGAGAAUUAAAUUAUUUAGGGCAAUUUCAUAUUUUUCCUAUCCUUAAUGAAUCCUUGCACAGAUCAGAUUGCUAUUACUUCUUCAACUGACAAACCAAGAUUAUUUUAAAAGCAUUUUAGGGACACUUCUGGUUUUGGUUUUCAUCUGUAAAGCCUUCAACAAUAAAUUUAUAAGAAAUUUUAUUUUUAAUAAAAUAAUGGAAGAUGCUUAGUUGUGCUUUUGGUCUGAUUCUAAAAAUAUGUAAGAUGUUUCAUAGUUCACAACAAAAAUGAGUGCAUUAAGUGUUUUAUGUUGUGUAUUAUUUGGAUUUUCUGCUUUUUCUACUAACCUAUACCUGGUUUUCUUUAACACAAAUUACAGUGGAUACAUUAUUUUUUGGUUUGUUUUAAACUAAAACUAAACACUGAGAUGAUAACCCCUUGCAUGCAUCUUGGACUGAUUUCUUUUGGAAUACAGCGAUUCAGUGACCAAAACAGCCAAAGGUGAAAAACAGGUUUGACUAUAUCGUGACCCUGUCCGACAGGGUAUUUUCAGAUUCUGUCAAAAUAAACAAAUGAAUAGCAAUAGAACAUCUCUUAACCGUUAGUUGUAAAUGUAGCAAGGGCUACUUCCCGCCACAGAGGCUGCUGCAGCAGGCCACAGGUAAUGUUUUACCUGAGAACUAUUAAACUGCUGGAACAGCCAUGUCUUCUCCUUUUUCUAUUUGUAAUUAAACAUUUGUUGACCUUUGCCCCAGCCCCGACUUAGAAUCAUAGACUCAUAAGGCUGGAAGGGACUGCAAAGGAUCAUCUGAGAACUCAGGUCAGUAUGUCUGCCCCAUUUUCAUUAAGGAAAUGGGUGCAGAAUAAUACUGUAGAGCAAGUCUGAUGCACACUAAUGAAUACUUUCCCCUCCCCAUCCCCAGCUUUCUAAAACCUUGUGGAAAACUGACAACUAAUUUGUCCUUGUGGCAGUGACUUAGAGAUGAUCAUAAUGAGAUUACAUUACUAUUGAAUCCCCAGUCCUCGAUGGUGGGAUUGCGUGUACUAGCACAGAAAGUGCUUCCAAAAUGCUGAAAGAUGUUUUAAUAAUGAGUUUAGUAAAAUGUUAGUUUCUUUACAGCUGAUUUGUAUGAUUAUUUUUUUGGACCCUGCUACUUACUGGAACUGAACACUCAAUGCCUGCAGCUCUAAACCCAGAGCUUCCUAAUUGCCUUGUAUGUGCAUUUAUUUUUCUUCAGGUAUUAGAAAAGGAUAAUUAGGCAAAGGAGAGAUGUGCUCAGUGUUCUCAGUAAGGCAGUACAAUUUAGUCUAUUUUAAAUUGAUUCUUUCUGCCACAGUACAGAACGCUAGCCCAUACAUUCUUGGCGCGCACACACGCAACCCCCCCCUCCCCCCACAUAUCUUCUGAAAGAAACGUUUUAUUAUGUCCUUUUUUAAUCUAGAAGGAGAGAUGGGAAUUCUUAUUACUAAGUGAAUGGUCCUACUAAGGUUGUAGCUAGGCUCUUGUGAAGACUUUAUAAUCACAAAUUCUUAAACACUGACAUAGCAGAAAAAGUCUUAAUUGCUGAUGUUGCUGCAGACUUCUAAGUUUUUGUCCAGCAUUUUUUCUUAGCCAGCUAGUACAUUACUGCAAACAUUCCGCUGUUUAUUGAGUUUUCAGCUGGAAUUUAGGUUUAUUCCACAGAUGGCAGACCUAAAGGAUGUUUGCAUUUGUACAAAAUAGAGGUAUCAACCUCUCGUCAGGUUCUCCAAGGACAGCUGAAAUGGAUUCCAUAAAUAUAUAAGUGAAAUCCUCUUGUGGCCUUUGUCACUCCUAUUCCACAUGUCCCAGUCUCUGUGGGGGUGGGGGGAGCCUCUUUUUUUCCAUCAUCUCUGCUUGGCUGCAGUUGUAAGGGGGGGGGGGGGUGGGUGUGUGUGUCCAUGCAUAGGCAGGUGCUAAAACAAAGAACGUAUUUCUAGAAAUACAGCAUGAAAGCAGAAGGUGCAACUACACUCUGUUCUCCUGGUGCAUUUACACAUUUUAUCACACUAAAUAAAAUACAACUUGGCUGCUAUGGUUUUAUUUCAGUAAUCCCCAACUUUUUAAAACUACUUUUUGAACUGGUAAAGGUCUCGUUAAUCUGUUUGAGUUGUUUGUGUUAAUGCAAAUACUUCUAAUCAUGUUUGAGUAAAAACACUUCAUUUUCUUAAUGAUUGCGGGGGGAGAGGUCAAGGAAACCAGUUUGAAGCAAAAAUAUAUGAACAUGUGCCAUUGUAUUAUAACACUAUCCACUUUCUUGACAGUAAAAAUUCUUUUAAUUUUUUUGUAGCAUGUAAUGUAUAUGUUCAUAGUAUGUGAAGUAAAUAAAAAAAAA